AUGGCCUGGAUCGGGAGCAACAGCGGUGAAUUAAGCGCCGCUGACCUUAAGCAGGAGCUUGAGAUUCGCCGCCAAAAGGACUUGAACAAUCAGCUGCGUAAGCAGCUCGAUGACGCACGUGAGUCUGCCAGGCGCAAUCGCAAGCGUGCCCAGCAGAACCGUCGCCGCUUGCGCCGUCGCAACCAGCAGAGGCGUCGCCGUCUCAUCAACCGUUCACGCAGGACUCGUGCCCGCCAGAGCCGUCGUCAUCGCAACGCCCGCCGUCGCAUGCGUCGCAACAAUGCCAUGACUCGUCUGGCAAUGCGUCGUCGUCGUCGUCGCAAUUAA